AUGAACAGCGAUUACCCUGCAACAUUUCCUGAAAGAUAUGAAGUAAAGGAUCCGUUAAUUCUUGAAGCCAACUCACCAAUUGAUAGAGAAAAAAUACAAUUAGUUUCGUGGUUAAAUCAACAGUUAUUAACAGACAAAAAGAUAACACAAGAAUAUAAGUAUAUGCCAAUUAAAGAAGAAGGGAAUGAUUUUUUUUAUGCGUUGAGUGAUGGAGUUAUAGUUAAACAUAUAAUUAAUAAAUUUUAUAACCAAUAUAAUAUUGACGUUAAAUAUGGGAAGUCUGGACUUAUUUCUAAGAAUGCUAAUAUCACUAAUGUUAUUAAAAUUGCUAAUAUUAUUCUUUCAAAAGGAGUUACUAUUAGUGAAAGUAAUUUAUCUUCUCCUAACAAAACUACAGCAUCAUUAGUAUUAGGAUUUAUUUGGAUGUUAUUUGAUAAAUUCCAAGAAAAGAAUAUUAAAUUAUCUAUGAAAGAAGAAGGAGCUGAUGUUACUAUUGAACAAUUUAUGAUAAAUUGGGUUAAUAAAGCACUUGAAGAAGAAGGAGUUGAUAAAAGAAUCAAUAAUUUUGGGAAUGACAUUGAAGAUUCAGAGGCAUAUCUUUAUUUACUUCAUCAUUUAAAUAACAGUUGUUCAUUAGAAGCAUUAAAUAGUUCUAACUUGAAUGAUAGAGCUAAAAGUGUUCUUGAUAAUGCAAAUCUUUUAAAUGCAGGUUCAUUUGUUGAACCACAAGAUAUAGUAAAUGGAGAUAGUAAAAAAAAUCUUAGAUUUGUAAGUAAUUUAUAUCAAAUAGUAAAUGCUCCUCAAAAAGAGAUUUCUAACGAAGAGUAUCAAGAUGAAGAAGAAAUUCGUAAAGAAAAAGAAGAAAAAGAACAAAAGGUUCAAGCAGAAAGAGAAGCUGAAGAGAAAAGAAAGAAAGAGGAAGAAGAAAAAAAGACAAAAGUAGAAAAAAUGAAAGAAGUUGAUCAGUUGAAAGAAGAAGUUAUUAAAAAAGAGAAACAAAAAAAAGCAGAAGAAAUUCAUCAAAAACUUGAUGAAGAAGAAGAAAAAUUAGCUGAAGCACAAGCAGAGAUUGAAGAAAAAAAAGCACUUAAAGCACAAGUAGAUGAAUUAAUUCUUGCAUCUAAAGUACAAGAUUCUAAAGAUGAAAAAGAAGCUUCAAAAAAUCUUAUACAAGCACAAAGAGAAGCUAAAAAAGCAGAAAUUGAACAACAAAAACAAGAAGAAGAACUUUCUAGACAAGAAGAAGUAUUAAGAAAUUUGAUUGAACAAAAAAAGAAAGAAGUUGAAUCAAUUGAUUUAAUUGCUAAUUUAGAUAAUACACAAGUUGUUGAAUUAACAGAAAAUGUUAAUCAAGAAAAUGUUCAAAUUAAAGAAGAAUUAAAUAAAACUAAAGAAGAUGUAAAUACAGCUAAAUCAGAUUUAAUUAGUAUGCAACAAAAAACAUUACAAGAUCAAAUUGAUAUUGAAGAACAAAAAAAAGAAUUAGAUGCUACUACUAAAAGAUUACUUGCAGAACAAGAAAGAAAACAAGAAAGAAUUGAACGAGAAAAACAAAGUGUUAAUGAAAUGAAUGCAAAAAUUGAAAUGUUUGAAACAAUGAAUGAUGAAUUAAUGAAAACAGUACAAACACAAAAAGAUGAAAUUAUAACUAAAACAGAUACACUAACUGAUAUUGAAAAUACUAAUUUAGAAAAUAAAAAGAAAGAAAAGAAAAUGAUGUCAAAUAUUGAAAAACAAUUUAAAUUACUUGAACAACAAAAAACUCUUCAUAAAAAAAAUCUUGCUAAAAAAGAAAAAUUAAGAAAUGAAACACAAAAACUUGAAAACGAGAAAAAAGUUGUACAAGCAGAUAUUAAGACAAUUACAAUGGAAAGAGAAAGUACUGAAAAUCGUGCAGAUAAUCUUCUUACAAAACAAGAUGAAUUAAAUGAAAAAUUAAUUGAUGCAGAAAAUGCUAAUGUAGAUGCAGAUGUAGAAUUACAAGAUCAACGAGAGAAAUUAGAUCAAAUGAAUGAAGAAAUACAAAUGAAACUUGAACAUCAAGAAUUUGUUGAAAUUCAAAAACUUAAAAAUGAUAAAAAAUCAAAAGAAGAUGAGAAAAGGAAAUUAGAGAAAGAAAGAAAGAAAAAGAGGAAUGAAGCAAAGAAAGCAAAAGAAGAAUUAAUAAAAUUGGCUGAACAACAAAAAGAAUAUGAAAGACAAAAAAAAGAUUUAGAAGAUAGAAAGAAAGAGAAUGAAGAACGAUUAAAAGAAAUUGAAGAAAGAGGUAAAAAAGAAGAAGAAACCGCUGCUCAAUUUGCAGAAAGAAUGGAAGCUUUAAAACAACAAAAAGAACAACUUAUUGCAAAACAAAAAGAAGUUGAAGAAAAAGAGAUGAGUGAUAAGAGAAGAAUGGAACGAUUAAAGAGGAAAAGAGAAGAAGCUAAACAACUAAAAGAAGCUGGAAUUGAAGUUAGUGAACCAACAAUGGAUGAUGUUGUCAAAGAAGAAGAAGAACGUGCUAAACGACAUAGACAUAGUGAAACAUCGUCAAGAAGAAGAAAAACUGAAGAACCUACUGAAGAUAUUAAAACAGAUAAAUCUACAAAUGAAGAAAAAACAGGAGAUGUUGUUGUUGAUUCACUUGAAGAGCGUAGAAGAAAAAGAGAAGAAGAACGAAAAGCAAGAGAAGAACGAAGAGCAAAAAGAGCUGCUGAAAGUAAUGGAGAAAGUAAAAGUGAAAAUACUACUGAAACAAAACAAGAAACAUCUGAAGAACGAAGAAAAAGAAGAGAAGAACGAGAAGCUCAAAGAGAAAAAGAACGAGCAGAAAGACGGGCAAGGUUAUCUACUAAAUAA